CAGAUACGGUACUUCAACUCCCUUCCGCGUCAUCUCUUCGUCGUUCCCCCCAUCAAGCAAGAGCUGAAGCUUCAAAGCUUCGAGAACUAGCUCACUGUCUCUGCUGUGCUUCUAGCCUAUCACCAAGACCGCGAAGCUAAUGGGGGCACACCUAACAAAUAACCUGUUGUUCUUGCCCUCCGCGUGCCUCCGCACGGCGUGCGCCCUGCAUCCCUGGAAUCCCGCCUGCUUUGAUUGGGAAAGAAGUUCACACCAAACCCACGAAAUGCGCUCACGGGUGUGUCAGACUGCCAGUGUGUGUUCGUUCGUUCACCCGCCCUUCGUUCGUUGUUCCCCUCACUUCCAGACCCUAGUGGGGGGAUGGAACAUUCAUGAGGGGAUUGCAUUAAAAAUAAGUUCAGGGCGACAGGGCGUGACGGCGUGGCUGGCCCCUUAUUCGUCUCACCAUGGCACUAGUGACUAGUGUCGAUGCUACUGUAGGCUUGUUGGGCUGCUAGAGGUAGUGCUGGGCAGUCAGCGUAGCGCCACUACCGCGGGCAGCAGGGCUUGGGAUAUAAGAAUUG